AUGGCGCUGCGACUUCGAGACGAACCUGCAUGGAAGACUUUUCUCAUGGCAGCUAGUAUUCCGGAUGAAAUCGCGGCUAAAUACGCUACAAUACUAGUCGAAAAUCAAUUAACCGAAGCAACAAUAUCUCAGCUAACUGUAGAACACUUAACGGCAAUAAACAUUACCGUUCUUGGCGACGUUUUAGCAAUUCUUGGUCAUAUCCAGACUGCCUCUCCUCUCCAGCUCUGCAAGCACCGCACGUCGAAAGUACUACGUCUGCAGCCGCACAGUUCAAGCCUCCACCUGCCGCCAUCAAGCUUCCUUCAGUGAGUUCUAACAUGACACAUCCUCAGUUUCGAAAGUUCCUCAUUGAUUGGACCGUAUACAAGAAAAUCACUCGCCUACCUACCUCAGAGUUUGCCUCGCAUUUAUACAGCACUUGUGAUGAAUCCGUUCAGAAUACACUCAUUAACUCCUUCCCAGAGUUUUUACAGUUGCCUGAGGACCAAAUGCUUAAGACCAUCGAAAGUGUUGUGACGAAACGUGCUAACCCCGUCGUGCAUCGAAUGAACUUUGGUAAUUUAACACAGCAUGAGUCUGAGUCAAUCCAAGAUUUCUUAGUUCGCAUACGAACUCUCGCUAUUGACU